AUGAAAAGAUUUUUAGAAAGCGAAAGCGCAAAUACUAAAAAACAGAAAACACAGGCGAAUCGUAAAUAUGACGAUAGUUACUUACAAUUUGGAUUCGUUGUAAAAUGUGGUUCUGAAAACUCUACUCCGUUACCUCAAUGUGUAAUUUGUCAAGAAACACUUUCAAAUCAAAGCAUGAAGCCAUCGCUACUUAAGCGCCACCAAUUAUCGAAGCAUCCAGAAACAGAAAAUAAACCCAUUGAAUUUUUCCAGAGAAAAUUAACUGCAUUCCGAAAGGAAUCGAAAUGCAUGUCUAGUUUUACAAACUUUAAUGAAAAGUUUUUUUCUUUCUGUGCAUUACUCAAUUAA